GAGGAGGACCAGGGUUCCGUCAGAAUGUGGACGCGGAUCCGCGCACUGCGGGGCGCUGUGCUGACCGCCGCGCGCGCAGACGCCCGGAGGUCACGUCAACUCGGGUCCCGUCACGGACUGUGACGACACGCGGAGAAACCCACUCGGUUCUGUGGCGUUCGGCUGUUCGUGGAUUCAUUCUGUCAUCAAGUCUUUUUGGGAAGACUUCAGCCUGACCACCGGGACUUGCUCUGCUCCUGCUCUUGGACCGGUCCUGGUACCGGUACCGAGGCGAUGGAAAACUCCCUUUAUCUGCUGGCUGCGCUCGUGCUCGUGGGUUCUCUGGUCUUCAGGAUCGAGGAGGCCAUGUGUCAACACUACUACCUCCUCCGGCCCAUCCCCAGCGACACCCUCCCCCUCGUGCCUCUCACAGAGGACCCCGAUCCGCUGCUGGACCCGAAGGAAAAGGACCUGAACGAGACCGAGCUCCGGAGCGCGCUGGGCGGCCACUUCGACGCGCACUUCAUGUCCGUCAGCGCGCCGGGGUACAGACACGCAGGACACGCGGGACACGAGGACUCCAGCGACGCGGACUUUCGGAACAAGCUGUCAGGAGCGAUGCCCAAAGAGAUCCGGGCCAUGGAGUUCGAGGUCCACAACGGCAAGAAGCAGAAGCCGAGUAAGAAGCUGCGCAGGCGGCUGCAGCUGUGGCUGUGGUCGUACGCGCUGUGCCCGGUGGUCCACGCGUGGACCGACCUGGGCACCAGGUUCUGGCCGCGCUACGUGAAGGUGGGGAACUGCUCCAAUAAGCGGUCGUGUUCGGUCCCCGAAGGGAUGAUCUGCAAACCCGCAAAGUCCGCUCACUUCACCGUCCUGCGCUGGUGGUGCGUCCAGAGGAAGGCGGGUCUGAAGUGCGCCUGGAUCCCGGUCCAGUACCCGGUGGUCUCCGAGUGCAAGUGUUCGUGCCCCACCUAACAAACUGCACAACAACUCUCCGACUCACUAGGACAAGUGGAAACAAAACCCACUUUAAAUCACAUUUACAAUCUUUGGCAAAGACAACAAAAUGUUUUGUGAAAAAAAAAAAAAACUGCUUUAAAUCAGCUGGUUGAAAGAAUCAAAAUGAUCUUAUCUGCUUGCUGGAUAAACACACUUUU